ACCUUCAGAAGAGCAGUCAGUGCUCUUAACCACUGAGCCAUCUCUCCUGCCUGCCCGAGUAACUUUGAAAGAAUGAAGAUUUAUUUAAGUCAUGGUUCUGGAGGACAGGAAGUCCAAGGUCAAGGGGUCAUAUUUAGUGGGGGCUGUAUUCUCUUCUCAGAGUUACUGGCAGCACAAGGCAUCAGAUGGCAAGAGAGACACAUGACAGAGUCAGAGCUGACUGGCGGCUUGGAAAGACCCAACCUGAGUUGUUGGCUGGGAAGACCACCUCUACACCAUCCUCACUCAGGUAUGUGGUCCGAAGCAGCUCCAAGGCUGCUUGCCUUGGAGGGGAAAGAUGCUUGCCAACACACUGGAAGUUACUUUUCACAUUUCUGUGGACAAAGAAAGUCACCUACGUGGCACUACUGUACAGAAAGCAAGGAUUACUGGAACAAAGAUGUAAUUAUUCAAAUAUGCUCUUGAUCUCCCAUGGCAUGGUCUCUAUCAUCACAAAAGGAUCAUUCUUAGUGGCUUUAUAAGAAUGGAAACUAUGGUAUCAUUAUCAUAUAGAACACUCUAUCAAAGAUCUUGAUUUGCAGAGACUCCGGGUUCGCUGUAAAGUUGAACAGACCGGCUCACUUCAGCAACACAAAGGAUUCACUAUAAGGCUGUGGGUUACUUAUGGAUCCCUAGGGAAAGCUGGGGUGAGGGAAAGAGAGAGAAUGAAACAAAACAAAACAAUAAACCUAGAUUUCAGAAGGCACGGGGCAGAAAUGAAGAGACUCUCAAAUUUAAUUUCCUGUGAGUGAGAGAAUCUGAUUGGCUAAACUGGACGCAACAGAGCCUUUUGAUUGACAGUCCUACACCUGAGGUGUGGCCCCCAGUAGGAUGAGAGAGUGGGAAGAAUCUCCAGAGAGCUUCUGGGUCAGUGAGCUAAUGCAGGGGCCACUGAGGUCUGAAUAAAAGUGCUUUGUCCCAGUGCCAGUUGGUGGCAGAAAUGAAAUCUCUUUGUCUUUUCUGCAUGGCUUUCCUUGUUGCAAAUUGGAUCUAGGGUUGUUUAUGUUGGGCAAACACUCUACCUCUGAACUACAUCUCUAGCCCAGAAACAAAACCUUCUGUUACAGCCACAUGGGAGACUUAAAAACAAUUUUAUUUCCAGCUUGCCAAAGCAAUGGUUCAGAGAUCUGUAAGAUUAGGAUUAUCUAUGACAGUUGUUAAACUAAGAAAGUUACUCCCCAAGAGUCAUGGAAUAUCUAACAAAAAGUCCCAGUGCCAGGCAUGCAAAAUCCUAUUUCCAAUGGUUGGUCAUAGGGGUCCAAGAGACACCCUUCCCCCCCCCCCAAAUAGGCUAUGUCUCUUGUCUCUGUUUGCUUUCCAGAAGUUGAAGGUAAAUCCCUAUUGUUGAAGAUGCCAUGCACUUCAGGCACAGCACUCAAGAGACCAAGCUAUAUGUAACCUUGAAGACCAGCUUUCAUAUUACCUGCAGGAACUAUACAAGCUGCCAAGGAAGGGAAGCCAUUAAUAGUCCUACCUAGCUAUGGCACCAACGAACCACAACAAUAACCAGCAUGGCAUGAUAACCCUAAGGGCGCAGUAGUGGCACACAUAUCCUGGUGGUAACCAACAGCUCUCUAAUUGGACUUAAGAACUGCUCAAAGGGCCAGGGGAGAUUAUGCAUGGUACUGAGAACUUAGCCAACUACUCACUCGGGGCUAGUAAGAUCAUGGUUGCUGAAGGAGAAACUACAACUGCUACUUUACUAAACCAACAUGAUUCCUGACUGCAUUCUAAAUAUUUAAUUCUUAUACUCACCCCUCAUACAAAGAAACUUCUCUUUGCAACAGAUCAAGACCAUUAAAGAAAACUACAACUGCUAAAAAUGCAGAGAACAAUUGAUUAAGGAGUAACCAGUCCCAGUUGAUGUUUUUAACAAUACAACAAAAUGCUCAAGAAACAUCAUAGCAAAGGGGAGGGGAGAGUCUUUGUAGUUUAGGGCACUAGGAAAGGAAGAGCUGAGAAAACAGGCUGAGCAAGUCAGAAAGAGCAAGCAGGGAAGCAGCACUCCUUGGUGGUCUCUGCUCUAGUCCCUGCCUCCAGUUUCCUCACCUGACUUCCCUCAGAGAUGGAGGAUGACCAGAGAGUUUUAAAAUGAAAUAAACCCUUUCCUUCCCAAGUUGCUUUUGGUCAUGGUGUUUUAUUCUAGCAAAGGAAACCUAAGAUGGCUCGCAGUUAUGACCAGCGGACUUCCCUUCUCCAUUGAUUUGGAAGGUGGAUGGGUCCAUGUAACUUACAUUGUUUUCUACAUUGUCAGAUUUGAAUGUGUUUUUGGAAUUAAUAUAGUCAUUUGUCAAGUGUCCUUAUAGUCAAUUAACCAGAAAAGCAUUUGGGGGAGGGGCAUCAUUUGUCCUGUUUGAAUAACUUAGUAAAACAGUUGUCACAAAAUGCCAUAACUUAAAACAACAUUUUCUGUACUGUAUUUCACAAUUCUGUGAGCCAGGAAGCCAAACAGAGCUUAGCUAGAAGAUUCUUCUGUUAAAUGUCACAUUGGCUGAGGUCACUAAUCGGUGUUCGUGGGCUAAUGGACUGGUCUUUAUGGUUCAAAAUGGCUCCUUUCUGUGCACAUUAUUUAAGUCAAGCGAGACACGGGGUUUCUGUUAUUUAAAGGCAAAGGGAAUGCGCAUAAUUGAAAUAAAUUCAGUGUUUCCUCAAGCCGAGAAAGAUGUGCUCCUGUUCCUUCAAUGCAGGAGUCUGUAAGCUUUCUGCCACAAGAACAUACAGAUACAGCUGUUCAGCCCAGCCAAAGGCUUGAAAACAUCACCAGCCAUGGAAAAUACAUUAAUGAGUGAACAUGGCUGUGGUCCAGUAAAACUUAUUUACGGUUACUGAAACUCGAACUUCACAUAAUUCCCAUGCAUCACGAAAUGUCACUUAUUGUUUUGUUGUUUAGUCACUUAAAAAAUGUAAAAUCCAUUCUUAGCUAAUGGCAUAACCAAAUAAAGAAAAUAGGCUGGGUUCUGAGGGUGGGUGGGUGGGGAACAGUUUAGCCAGCAAAGUGCUUGUCACUUUGGUGGACUUGAGUUUGGACACCCCCGCCCCCAAGUCAUGUAAGAAACCCUGUGCUUGUAAUCUUAGUACUGGGGUGAGGGGUCAGGGAAGGCAUGGGGGAGGGGAGGGGGACAGGCAGAUCUUUGCAUUUCAUUGGUCAGCCAACCUCGUUAAAUUGAUUGAAUUUCAUUGGUCAGCCAGCCUAGUUAAAUUGAUGAUCUUCAGCAUCAGUGACAGACCCUGGCUCAAAAGUUGAAGGUAGAUAGUGAUCAAAGAACCUGACCUUUCUCUCUGGCCCCCACACUCACAUGCACAUAUCAGCAUGCACUCCUGCACACAUGUGUGCACAUACCUAUGCCAACAAGUUCAUGCACACAUACGCAUAAAUAUUCCAUAUACCACCACUACUAACCCUCUACUACCCCUCUACUCUCCCUCUACUCUUCACCUCUAGAGUGAUGAGGAGGAAGAGGGAGAGGAGAAAGAGGAAGAGAAGGAGGAGAGGAGGAGGCAAUAAAUUUGGGUUUGGUCUCUGGAUUGCAGCUUGCUAACCUGUACUAUGUCACAGCAAGCUUGCUUUAUGCUCAGGACCUUUGCCCAUGCUGGCCUUCUGGGACACUGCCUCAAGUCUACCUUCCCUGAUCACUCUGUCACAGUAGUUCCCCAGCCUCUGAGACACAUUACAGUUGGUAUUGUCAUGCAGCACUUCUCCCUGGCUGACAUUUCACUCGCCCAUUUGUUUAUGUAUGGGAUGAGGCCUCUCCUCUGCCCCCAUGGGGGUCUCCAUCUGAAUGAAGAGAAGAUUUUGCCUGUCUCAUUCACUGUGACUUAGCACAGCGCCUGGUGUGUAAUGGACAAUUAAAGAUUUGUUGAAUGUAUAGUGAUUACAGCUCAGUUCUCCAGAGCUUGAAGAGCCCAUAAAAGACAACUCAAUUUAUAUUUAUUAGACAAGAGAAAGAUAAUAAUAAUGGAGAAGGGAGGCCAAGUCAUUGUGUGUAUACUCAGGAGAGCUUUUUGUCCCUUUGUUAUCCCCCAAUGUUUCUGGGAAAACUGAAGGGAAACUCUAUCUAUGAUUCUGAAGGUGGCUGUUCUCCCCUGGCAGCUAUGAAGGGCUUUUCUUACCUCGACUGGAGGUGGGAGAAGAAGAAGCAGCUUUUUAUGAAGGAGGGUGAAUGCUACCAUGAGGUUAUGAAAGGAUGACAUAUUGCUCUAGAUCACUGAGUUAUGGUUUUAAAAAAUUUCCCAAGAUCACUGAAAGGGAAAUGGCAAAAGUCAGAGGUGACACAUCAACAACAGAGAUGAUGGAACCGGAAAUAACACUGGGCAGAACCUGCCCUCAGGAGGGAAGAAGGAAAAAGCAGCAGGCUAGAUCCUCGGGACCAGGAGGCUGGAGCUGGAACAGAGCGUACCUGCUGCUAGUGCUGGGUGGGGGCCAGAAUCUGAUAAUUUGGCACUGGGCUUUCCAAGUCUGGGGACUGAAGUGGCCCGCAGCCAGUGCUGCCUCUUCUUAUUCAAACAAACAAACUGGCUGGGUAGAAAGAGCCUGCUGUAGGUGAUUAGAAUAAACAGGGAGAGUCCCUGAGAAGGAGUGAGGCCAGUUGCUGAGGCUGGGAGUUCAAGUUAUUCAGGGGAGGAACAGAUCUCUGAGCUAGAAGGAGUACAGGGUGGAGAUAGCAUGGGAGGCUACACUGCAAAUGUGUGCAUGAUGGGCCGGCUGGGAACAACCGUGGCAUUGGAUAGUUGCUUCCCUGCCGGAGGAUGAAGCAGGGAAUACCAAGAUGAAAUUAAGUUUUUCACCUGGACUUUGUGGUUACAAGCAAUGAGAAACUCAUAAAGAUCUGACCAAGUUCAAAUAGAGACUGCCUCGACUCAUGCUGAUGAGUGUAUCAGUAUGCUGGCUUCCGGAUGUUGAGAGGCCAGGUGUUAAUCAGCAUCUAGAGCACUUGGUCUCUGAUUUCCAUCGGCAUUAGCUUCCUUCUCCAACAGUCUCAACCCACAGUGUUUGACCACAGCGAGUCCAGGUGCACAUCCAACCAGCUUCGGGUUCAGCAAAGCGUGCUGUGGUCUGGUUGCUCCAUCAGGCCCAAGUGUUUUACCUCAUUGCUUCUGACUGGGUCAUACGUUCUUUCCCCAUCCAAACAUAAGCUACAAUGCCUUCCUGAUCAACUGUGAGCCCUUUGGUUUUUCUGGGAAUCUUGGUAAAGUCAGCUCCUUCUAAACCACUUGAACAAGGAAUGAGAAAAGGAUUUUCUCUAAGAAAAACUUCGAUGCCGCUACCAUAAGAGAGGAAUACAGACCCCCAAUAGGCAAAGAAAAAGACAAACAUAAACCAGAUCUAUCCAACUAGUUGUCAGCUUACACUUUUUCAAAACCUAUUUUAGUAAGGUUUCUUAAAUGCUUCAACCUCCCUUAUAGUCCACUGACCAAAGGGAGGGGAGGAAGAUGGCUAAUAGAACAAGGGGGAUGUGGACCUGUUUAGAAGUAGUUCUUUGGGUCAAUUCCAGUUUUUGUUGUCAGCAGUUCAGUCCACUAGCAAAACACUGAACGCGAAUCAGCAAUCAGCUCUAUCCAGAAGAAACCCCGAGGCUCCGCCGAUCAGCAUGAGUCUGCUAAAGCAGCAAGAAGCAUCGAGAACACCCCCAGAAGUUCUUUGGUGUGUUUCUUUCUAUGAAGUCACAACAAGCAAAGAUCAGCAAAGAAAGCAGGGUGAACCAAUGCCAGAGCAUUGUCCACUGUGAGCUGGGUUAUACUUGCAUUCUUUCCAAACAUCACAUGUCCUGUCAAGGUUUCCCUCCAGCAAAACAUUGCAUGCCCUUUUACCAGGCAGCCUUCCGAGAAACACCACAUGUCCAUUCUCGGCAAAAACUCCCUCUCACGUGUCUGCUUCAGCAAAACAUCCUCUCAUAAGAUAGUUAUGAGAGUGCCAGAGAAACAUCAGAUGACAAAAUGAAACCAGAAAUUCCCACUUCAACCAGCAAUUACCAUGCUUAUAUGGAAAUGACCAGAAGCCAGAUCUUUCAUUGGUACUCAUUACAUUCAAUAUGUAAUGCUAAAUAAAUGUUACAAUCAGACUACUUGGUUCUGUGUAUGUUGGCCACACUGCAUCAUCUGGUUUAAGUGAACAGUAGGCGGUUAACAUCGGGAGUAAAGAAUACUAAUCAUACUGUAAGUGGUGGCACACAUCCCAGCACUCGGGAAACAGAGGCAGGUAGGAGUCUGUGAGGUUGAUGCCAGCCUGGUCUACAGAGUGAGUCCCGGAAUAGCCAGGGCUACACAAAGAAAUCCUGCCUUGAAAAACAAGACAAGAUGAGAUGAAACAAAACAACCAUAAAAACAAAACAACAACAAAAAUCUAAUCGUAAGUGAGGAAAAGGUAACAACAAAUUGUUUAAUGAUAAAGCACACAUUAACUUUACAUUUAAAUUUUGUAACAAAGAAUGCAAUACACCCCCUUCAGUCAGUAAGAAAGCUCUAGAAAAAGCAACCGUUCUGUGGGAUGGUAAAUCUUUAUUGCCAACUUGAUGGGAUUGAGAAUCACCUAGGGGAGGGUGUUUUCAGAGAGAUUGAACAGAGGUGGGAAGACCCACCAUGGAUAGUGAUGGGCCUUUCUCAUGGGCUGGGGGCCGAGACAGAAGGAAAACAGAGCUGAGCACCAGCACCCGCCACUCCCUGCUUCCUGAUUGGAGACGCCCUGUGACUGCUGUUUCAUGUUCCUGAAUGGAGACUUGCUCACCAUGAUGGAGUGUGAGUCUCUGUUCCUUACAGUAUCAGAAGUAUCUUGUUAGGUACUUUCUCAUAGCAUUGAAGAUCCCAUGGCUUUCCUAACUUUCUGUUGAAGGAUAAUUCAUGAAGAAGCCUUACAAUGGGCAAAGGCUCCAAAGGCCUUGGUACUAGUCAUGCUCUUGGGGUUUUUCUGACUUUGCAUUUCUGGCUGCUCUGUUUCUGCUUCCUUUACCCUUUCUGUGUGCUCCAGGGGGUUACCUUUGUGCCUUUGUGUGUUCCAGCACUGUGACUUCACGCAUGGAUCAGGUUCUUUCCAAGAGCUUCCUUGCUGUGACAGUGCCAGCCAUUCUCAGUGACUCCUAAUUCUCCCUUCAAAUUCACACUUGGGAAGUCCUAUAGAGGGACUUCUCAACAGAGUUUUAAUGGAUGGGUGAAUUUAAAUGAAUGUUUUUCCCUUACUGUUUUUAAGUCAAAAUACCUGUGACAGUAUCAGCAAUUUGACAGGAUCUAGAGUUACCUAGGAGACAAGCCUCCAGGCACACCUGUGACCAUAAAAGUAGGAGUGUCAUUUGUGCUUGGGUCUCAGACUAUAUAAAAAGGGAGGAGCUGGGGCUGGCAAGAUGGCUCAGUGGUUAAGAGUGUCGACUGCUCUUCAUAAGGUCCCGAGUUCAAAUCCCGGCAACCACAUGGUGGCUCACAACCAUCCGUAAUGAAAUCUGACGCCCUCUUCUGGAGUGACUGAGGACAGCUACAGUGUACUUACAUAUAAUAAAUAAAUAAAUAAAUCUAAAAAAAAAAAAAGGGAGGAGCUAGCUGAGAACAUUCACUUGUCUCCUCCUGCUUCCUGCUUCCUGCUUCCUGCUUCCUGCUUCCUGCUUCCUGCUUCCUGCUUCCUGCUUCCUGGCUGUGGAUGUCUUGUGACCAGUACUUCAAGCUCCUACCACCAUGCUUCCCCCCCAAUCCCCAUGAUGUACUAUCAACUAGAACUUUGAACCAAAAUAAAUCCCCUCUCUUUCAAUCUGCUUUUGUUGAUGUUUUGUUUGUUUUUAUUAUUACAAUAAAGAGGCUAUAAUUAAGAUAAUGGCUAAAAUCUCAUCCUAUUUUACUUAUGCUUGAAAUACUUGUAAGACAGAGACUUCAGGGUUUCCCUGAUUCCUCUUUCUAGCCAUCCUUACUUUAAGUCUUACUGACUUUGACCCAUUCCUUUUCCUGCUCCAGAGUGACAUCACCUUUGGCCAUUUGUUACAAUUUCCAUAUCAUUCUCCUUGCCUCUGUGUGUGUGCAUAUGGCGUCACAUUUCACAGAUUCUUUGGCUUUCCAUCAUCAUUGACCUCAGCCAUACUCUUUGGCCUGCUAAAUAAGGCUUCAGUGUCCUGCUCUGUGUCCUCUUUCAGCAGCACCUCUGAGUGAGCUGUUGUGUGUGUGGUGUGAGUGUGUGUGUGUGUGUGUGUGUGUGUGUGUGUGUAUGUGUGUGUGUGUAUGUGUGUAUCUGUGUAUGUGUGUGAUUUUCUUGGCUACAAAGGGGAGCUCAAGAUCUGCCUGGAUUAUAUGAAACCCUGCCCGGCCCCUAACACCUCCCACAAUAUACAUACAAAUGAAUAAAUUAAUCUUUACCAAAUUAUUUACAGAAAAGAAAUAGACUCUAGGCUGUCUGUAUAGAAGAAUAAUCUUUGGGACAUUUCAAUGACAAAUCUGCUUUAAUUAUUUUAUACCCAGUGUAGCAGAUGACACAUCUUAUACCUCUAAUUCUGCAUGACAUAAGCUUCAGCUGAGGUACCAGUCUUCUAGAAAACCUUGUAGAUUCUUCAAGUGAUCUGGAUUCCCCAUAGCUGGCUCCAUUUCUAUGUCUUUCUCUCUUCCCUCCUCUCUCUCUCUCUCUCUCUCUCUCUCUCUCUCUCUCUCUCUCUCACACACACACACACACACACACACACACACACACACAUGAUUGCACUAAAAAGAUCAGGUGUUUGGUAUGCUAUGUAGCCUCCUUGUAGGGAUAAAAACUGCGUGUUCAUCCCUGACAUUUGGUGCCUAGUCUUACAUGAAAACAUAGGAAGCUUUUAAGAAACAUCCACAGAGGGAGUUAUCAGUUAAAGUCUGUGUUUCCUCUUAGAGCCUAUGUUAUAACCACAGGUCAGGUUAGCUGUGAACUUCCUCUUGCUCUUGGUACUUUCCACAGAAUGGAAAGGGUGUCCUCUAAUAUACUAUAGGAGCUAACAGGGAUUUUGUUGUAUAACAGUUUCCUCUUUGAUUGAAAUAUUUCAUCAUGUAAGUUCAAGGUCAGCCCGAGACUGUCUCAGGUUUUUACUUCUUUACCCUUAGUGGCAUGGAAUUAUUCAGCUUGUGCAAGUUCCCUUUGUUCUUUUCCCCAGAAAUCCAAGUCCCUGAGGGCCAAGUCUUCACAGCUAGGCCUUCAGGGCAUGAAGUUUACUCUUUAUUUUUUCCUCUUAGGUAGCUGUGAGACCAGUUCAUCUUCCAUCCACACUUCUAAGCAGAGCUUGGGGCGCUUAGUGUAUGCCAAGUUGCCCAUUCGUGAAAUCCUUCAUUCUUUAUUCACUGGGUAGCUGGCUACCCUGGAGUUGACAAGUCAUGGGCGCUGUUCUAGGUGCUGAUGAUACAUCCACAUAGACUGGGCUUUGCCUUUAAGAACUGGGGCCUUGGUUUUAUUAGGUUAAGAGGUCCAACAAUUUUCAAUUGAGAAGGUAGAAGAAUAUCUCUGAGGAGUUAUGCCCCAAGUUAAGUGUAAGUGUAAAUGUAAAUGUAAAAUGCAAAUCUCUUUAGCAUCCUAAGUGGCACUUGUUCUGUGCUCUUAUAGCUCAUGGCUUACUAAAAUCAUCAAAUACAUUUACCUGCAAUUCUACUUUUUUAUCUGAGCUCCAAUCUCUAUCAUCCACAAUAUUAUUCUGAAAAUCAAUUCUCUUAAAAUGUACCUAAUUCUACUUGAGGAAGCAAAAGAGAACUGAAAUUCAUUAAAAUCCGCCUUUCAAUAAUGCGCCAUUUUAUUGUACUAACUUUUUGUUUCAAAUAUAACACUUAAAAAUACUGAUCCAAGUAAUAAUUUAUGAGCAUCUAUCAUUGCAACUGUCUGAGAAAGGCUAGGUUACUGCUCCCAGUUUUCACUUAAAAAAUAAAGGGCUUAGAGAGAUUAAUUGCCCUAGGUUACAUAGACAUGAAAUAUUGAUUAAAGCAAGCUCAAUUCUGUUCUACACUUAAUAUUGUGCUUUUAGUAUUACUCUACAAGAGACAAGAUAACGAUAUUAUAACUACAGUCUUGAAAUACUAGGUUCUGUCAGGUGUGGUGUCCCCUAAUCUCAGCACUGUAACAUGGAGGCAGAUGGAUGAGUUCAAGGGUAGUCUUGAACUAUAAAGGGUGAGUUCAAGUUCAAGGUAGUCUUGGCUACAAAGGGAGCUCAAGAUCUGCCUGGAUUAUAUGAAACCCUGCCUGGCCCCCAACACCUCCCACAAUACACAUACAAAUGAAUAAAGACUAUAUUAUUAAUCUUUACCAAAUUAUUUACAGAAAAGAAAUAGACUCUAGGCUGUCUGUAUAGAAGAAUAAUCUUUGGGACAUUUCAAUGACAAAUCUGUUUUAAUUGUGUCCUCCACAGGGAAAAAUAUGUGUCCUUUUCUAAGAAUGCUAUAAAUAGAUAUUUAAGCAAAUUAUUUCAGACAGUAAUGAUAAAACUGCUUUUGUAUGAGUGAAAUAUUUUCGUUUCAUUAUUUAAUUCAAUUUAAAAACUGUGAUUUCUAGAUUUUUUAAAAGCUAUAGUAAAUGGAUUUUAGAAGCAUAUACAAUAAUAGUGCAAUUAUUCACUGGUAAUUUGAGGAUUUUUUUCUUUUGAGAUAGGAUUUUACACUGUAGCCUAGGCUGUCUUGGGACUAACUUUGUAGCUUAGGCAAGCUUCAAACUUGUGGCCAUCCUUCUACCUAAGUCUUCUGAGUACAAGGAUUACAGACAUGUGUCACCAAACCCAGCUUUCACUGCUCAUCUAUCUUAGUUAGGGUUUCUAUUGCUGUGAAGGGACACAGUGACCAUGGCAACUCUUAAUAAGGAAAACAUUUAAUUGGGGCUGGCUUACUGCUUAGUCCAUUAUUUUGAUGGCAGAAAGCAUGGUGAUAAGCAGGCAGACAUGGUGCUGGAGAAGGAGCUGAAAGUUCUACAUCUGGAUUGGCAGGCAGCAGACAGAGAGAGUGAGACUGAGCCUGACUUAAACAUUUGAAACCUCAAAGCCCUCCCCCAGUGACACACUUCCUCUUACAGGGCCACACCUCGUAAUUGGGCGAGUCCCUAUGAACUUAUGGGGACAUUUUUAUUCAAACCACCAUAGCAUUUAUGAUAUACCUGGCAGGGCAUUCUGCAUAGUAUUUUACUUCUUCUUGAUUAUAACUGUAUGAACUCUCAGUUGAUUAUUACACUUGAUGAUCAAGACAUAUAGACUCAGAAACUUUAGCAACUUACCGUCAAUGAAAGCCUGUGAGUACCAAAGGCAGAAUUCAAAUGUAAUGUUCUAAAACACUUUUCAUUAAGACUCUUCAUUCUAUGACUUUGCUUUAAAAACAUUGUGAUUGACGGGGUGCUCUAUUGUUUCUUCAGAGCCAUGGCUCUGGUUCUGUGAGCCCUUGAGCUUAGCUUAAAAAUAAUCUUUCAGGGGGCGGGAUAGGGAUGGGGGACAGCUCAGUUAGCAAGAGCUUGCCUUACAGUCAGGAGGAUCUGAGUUGGAGCCUCAGAACUCACAUGAGAGUGUAGGGCAUGGGCAGGCACUCGGGAUUCCAGCACUGGGGGGAGGACUCACUGGUUAGCUAGUCUUUCUUAGUUGAUUAGCUCUAGGCUAAGGAAGGAGUUUAUCUCAAGGGAAGAUGACAUCUGAGCUUGUCCUCUGGCCUCUAUGUACCUGCACAUGUGUGGGUACCACAUCUUUUCAUAUUCAGUGGACCCACUUUUCUGAUCUGUGAUUGUUUUGGGGGUAAAAAAAGUAGGAAACUGGGUCUUUAAAAUGACCCCAGUAGACACUUUUUUUUAAAAAACCUUCCCCUCUUAUAUACAUAUAUAGGAUCUAUUCCUUUUGGGUUGUAAAACAGUUUCUCAUUGCCAUUUUAUGGAGCAGCUGGCUGGAAGAGCCUCCCAAUCAUUUGGUGUGGCCAGCCUGGCCAAUGUGGCUGCCAUUGAGCUCAGAUCUGGUGCUUCAAGUUGGUCAACCCCAACUCCUAUUCCAUCUACGAGCUGCUGGACCACAAGGAGAAGCUGGUGCUGCACCGCAAGAUACAGGAGCACGUUGUUGCCAAGGAAGAUGAAAACCUGAAACAAGACUGUGAUUGGAGAGAUCUUGGCAAUGGACCUGUAUUUACAGUGCUUCAGAGACCAGAGCCCUUGAGCUAGACCAGUGAAUUGCGGCGUUGAGUAUUUAUAUGUAGAGCUGUGUGGGGGCAAUAUAUGUACUGAGUUCCCAGUGCCACUGUGAUGAAUGGUUUUGGGAUGGAAUGGUGGGAAGGCUGGAGAAGAACAGUGUGAGUAUGCUGUGGAGGGAGGCUGAACCACAUCUGGGGUUGAGCUACUGCUGGGGUCCAGGCUGACUCCUCUAGUCUGUACUGCUGCCAUGGGCAAUGUUCCAGGCAUGUUUGGAUCAAUGGUUCUGCUGUAGCUGGAGGGGUGAGGGAGGGAAGACCUGGGAGGAGUGGGGAGUAAGGGGGAUCAGGUUACAUCAUGUGAAAUUGCCAAAUAUUCAAUAAAAAAACAUUGUGAUAAAAAA